CGAAUACCUAUCUAUUUUGUUCAAUUCUCGAUAUUAAUUUGUUACUAAUAAGUAAUGCUCAAAAAUUUUCCUCAUAAUACACCAAAAACAAUUGACGAGCUGACGUGUGUUAAUGUGAAUUGUGAUCUUUGUUUUAUGAGAAAACUUAUUCGAUUAGUGAAAGUGCUAAAUGUGUUGAUAAACAAAAAUUGUAGGUUAGAUGUACCGUCGUAACUUACAGUAUGAUAAUGGUAAAAAUAAAAAGGUAUCUAAAUGGGAAUACACGGCGAUAUCACUUUGGAACACAAAUGGACACGUAUCUAUGGCGAAUCAUUCGAACGCGGAGGAAGGUGGAGGGGCUAGGCAAGGCGACGCGGGCGCAGGCGCGGGCGACAUGUGGCUCAGCGCAGUGGAGAGCUCCAUCCUCUCAUGGGAGGAGGUGGCGGAGCGCCUGUCGGUAGACGUCCGCCGCGGGCUGUCAUGGCGCGAGGCCAACGACCGCAUGAACUUUGUCGGCCCCAACGAGUUCCAGGUCAAGGAGGAAGAUCCGCUGUGGAAGAAGUACAUCGAGCAGUUCCAGAACCCCCUGAUUUUGUUGCUUUUGGCGUCGGCGGUGGUCAGUGUUUGUAUGAAGCAGUUCGACGAUGCAAUAUCUAUCACCGUUGCCAUCAUUAUAGUGGUGACUGUGGCCUUCGUCCAGGAGUACCGGUCCGAGAAGUCUCUGGAAGAGCUGAACAAGCUCGUGCCGCCGUCAUGCAACUGCUUCCGCGAAGGCAACCUGGAACACUUCCUCGCCAGAAGCUUGGUGCCCGGCGACAUAGUGCACCUGAACGUCGGUGAUCGAGUCCCGGCAGACCUUCGACUAUUCGACUCAACAGACCUGGCCAUAGACGAGUCCUCGUUCACAGGGGAAACAGAGCCGGCAGUGAAGAAUACCGUGCAAAACAAGGCGUCAGCGGGCAGGGUUCAUAAAGAUAAUAUAGCGUUUAUGGGCACGCUUGUCAGAUGUGGCAAUGCCAAGGGUAUAGUGGUAAGCACGGGCGAGCGUUCAGAGUUCGGCGACAUAUUCCGCAUGAUGCAAGCGGAGGAGGCGCCCAAGACUCCGCUCCAGAAAUCAAUGGACACCCUCGGAGCCCAGCUGUCUAUGUAUUCGUUCUGCAUCAUCGGGUUUAUCAUGGUGUCCGGAUGGCUGCAAGGAAAGGCACUGCAGGAUAUGUUCACGAUUAGUGUGAGUUUGGCCGUCGCUGCUAUACCAGAAGGUCUCCCCAUAGUGGUGACCGUGACUCUGGCCCUGGGCGUGAUGCGCAUGGCCAAACGGAACGCGAUCGUGAAGAAACUGCCCACGGUCGAGACCCUGGGCUGUGUCAACGUCAUCUGCAGCGAUAAGACUGGAACCCUAACCCAAAACGAGAUGACAGUGACAACGAUUUCGACGUCAGGGGGACACAUAGCGGAAGUGACGGGGACCGGAUACAACGCGUGCGGUGACGUCCAGCUUCGGGCGUAUAAGGGAAGAGACCUGGACGUGGCCAGGAUGGGUGUGCAGAGCAUGCUUGAGGUGGGCGUGAUAUGCAACAACGCUGUCAUCCGCAACGACACAUUGUACGGCACCCCCACAGAGGGCGCUCUGGUCGCGUGCGCAAUGAAGAACGGGAUGGAAGAUGUCCGCGAUAACUACACCAGGCUGCACGAGAUACCGUUCAGUUCCGAAACAAAAAUGAUGGUCGUGAAAUGCGCGCCAAAGUUCACCGACGGCAAGCUGAAAGAGGAGGUGUUCGUGAAGGGGGCCAUAGAGAAGGUGCUGCCUCUGUGCACUAAGUACAUCGACAGCGCCGGGAACUACGCGCCCAUGACCAAAGACAAGCAGAACGAUUUCAUCGGAGAGGCUUAUAACAUCGGACGAAUGGGGCUCCGCACGAUAGCAAUGUGCCGCGGCGAGAGCCUGGAAGCGCUGACGUACACCGGGGUGUGCGGGGUGUGUGACCCGCCGCGGCCCAGCGUCCGCGCCGCCGUGGCCACGCUGCGCCGGGCCGCCGUCGAUGUCAAGAUGGUCACCGGCGAUGCUAGACCCACCGCUUUGGCUGUCGCUCAAAUGGUCGGGUUGGACGUGCUGCAUUCGCAGUCGCUCUCCGGCGAACAACUCGAUACAAUGUCGGAUGACGAGCUGGACAGGAUCAUUGAUACGGUAAGCGUAUUCUACAGAGUAACGCCGAAACACAAACUGGCCAUAGUCAAGUCUCUGCAGAGGCUGGGGAACAUUGUGGGUAUGACAGGCGAUGGAGUGAAUGACGGCGUUGCUUUAAAACGCGCGGACAUCGGCAUAGCAAUGGGCAAGAAUGGUACAGACGUGUGCAAGGAGGCUGCAGACAUGAUACUGGUGGAUGAUGACUUCGCCACCAUCAUUUCCGCAAUCGAAGAAGGAAAGUGCAUAUUUUACAACAUUCGCAACUUCGUGCGUUUCCAACUGUCCACAUCCAUCGCUGCCCUGUCUCUUAUAGCCCUUGCAACCUUGAUGGGUAUCCCUAACCCUUUGAACGCUAUGCAGAUACUCUGGAUCAACAUCAUCAUGGACGGUCCCCCAGCCCAGUCCCUGGGCGUCGAGCCGGUGGACCACGAGGUGGUGGCGCGGAGGCCUCGUGACGUCACCAAAAGAAUUAUUUCCAGAGGACUACUACUCAACGUGUUGUUGUCCGCCGCCAUUAUCAUUGCUGGGACACUAUGGGUCUUCAACAGAGAGAUGUCGGACAACAAGAUUACGCCGCGCGACACCACCAUGACGUUCACGUGUUUCGUUUUGUUCGACAUGUUCAACGCCCUCUCGUGUCGUUCGCAGACAAAGUCCGUGUUUCAAGUCGGACUGUUCUCUAAUAAGAUGUUCCUGAUAGCGGUGACGCUAAGUUUAGUUGGUCAAAUGCUGGUGAUAUUUUCCCCGCCAUUGCAGAGGAUCUUCCAAACUGAAGCACUCACCGGACAUGAUCUCAUAUUUCUAGUCUGCCUCACAUCGAGCGUAUUCAUAGUGAGCGAAGUUAAGAAAGUGAUUGAACGUGCCCUGAAGAAGCGUGCGUUCGGUAAGUUCUCCACGAAGGCCCACGACGCGAUGGACUUCGUAUGACACGAAACGCAGAGGAAAGCGCAGUAAGUUGGCCACGGCGCAAGCGCGGGAACUGUCACCGUGACAGCUGUCGCACUGACAGCUGUCAGAACGACAGUUCUCCGCGCCCGAUUGAUAACCCUUGCGUUCCGAGUGCUAGCAUGGAAGCGGGAACACCAGGGAGUGGCAAAGAUGCGUGUUUUUUCAGUGACAAUUGCAGUUGCAGCAAUAGUGGACAAAAUAGACCGUUCUCGAUUUCAGACGGCAAAAUUGAUAUUCCUAUUCGUUUUUAAUUUAUUUUUCGCUGCCGCAGUAUUCUUGGUGUUUUUUUUUUAAUUAUUUUAAUUAAUUUAUUAUAUCGCUUAAGUGUCUCAGUGAUUAGUUUUUUAAUUAGUGUCGCAUAGAUCUUUUGGUGUAGUUUGUACUGUGUCUAUGGUUAUGGUGGUUUCUGUUUUUGAAAAAGUGAGAAAAUUUAAUGCAUGUUGUUGAUUGGACAAUUUAUUUAUAUUCGGUGCGAACGUAUAUAACAUAUAUAAAAUUAUGCGACAUGGUCGUUUUAAUUUCAGUUAUUUAAAUAGUAAUUUGAACUUUAAGAUAGUGGGAUAAGGCUUAUUAUGCUCGGUUUAUAGUCUAUCUUUCAGACACGAUUAUUAAUAGCAUUACUUUUCAGUAGGUUUCUUUUUAACAAUAGAAAUAUACCAUUGUUUGUACCAAAAUAGUGUUGUGAAUUGUUUUAAUCAAAUAUAGCUUUCCCGGACUGAAAGUCCUUUGUAAAUUACUUACUAGAAAAUUGUUCGAAUCUAGUAGAUAUAGGGGAUAUUGUGUGUAAUAUUAACAUAUAUACACUACUUAUCGUAAUAAUUCUAAUUUCGAGAUAUGAUCUAUUAUAUAACAACAAUCAUUACUAAAAUUAGUUUUAUUUUAUUCAAUAAAUAUCAAAAUAACGUAUCACUUAAAAUCAAUAAAUAAAAGCUGUAAAAACUUAGAUAAUCUAAGCAGUUGGCGUGUGUAAUAUCGCUUUGCCUCUUUCACACUGUACGUCGUUUCAAAUUAGAAAGAGACGUCACGAUUCUAUCAUUUCCCUAUCUAGGCGCUCAUUAAGAAUGUUAAAAGUAAUUUUAGUGUUAUUAAUUGUGUAUAUGUUAUGUCUAUUUAGAAAGCAUGGCACUAUGUCAUUUCAAUAUUCGUAGGUAUAAAAAUGUGAAACUAUGCAUGCCGUAUUUUUUUUUAAUUAAUUGUGGUGUGGAAAUGCAUUUAUUUAGGUACUUUUGUGUAUUAUUUGUAAAAGGAAUUUAUUUUUGUGUAUAUGUUAAAUGAGUAUCUAGGAAUUUAUUUUUGUUAAAUGAGUAUCUAUUACGUAUUUACGCAUUUUUUUAAAAUAACUUGUAUGAUAUUAUUUAUGUAUAACAGACUAUACUUUUCCAUUUCAUCCUUUUUUCUUUUGAAAAUUAAAGGAACUAAGAUUAUUUUCAAUUUAUUAUGGCAAACAAAAUCUAGCUCAUAUUUUACUCCUCCUAAUUAUAUCGUAUAUCCUAGCUUUCAUUUCUUGUUUAGAACUUUCGAGGACCAUUAAAUCUACUUUAGGGACGGGUGGUAUAAUAUAUAUUAUGUAGUAUUCUAUUAGUAUAAUCAAUAUCUUUAUAAUCAAUAAGAACCUGCGUAAAAAAUUAUAUAUUCUUUUUUUGCACGGUUUUUUAUUUGUGUCACUGUUUUUGCAUUUAACUUUAAAAUGUGUAAAGUUGUUCGUAACUUUAAAUAUUACAUCAAUAAACAAUACAUAAAAAGGUCAAUAUAUUUUUUCUUUAUUUUCUUAUUUUAAUUAUAAUUCUAAAUUAGAAGUUGAUUUGAUUAAAGUACAUGUCCACACUAUGAAGAAAAUUCACUUUCACGCUUCGUAAAAUAAUUUAGUUUGAGUGAAUGACGGCUGUGAUACAAAUGGGAUACGUGAUGAUAACUCAGUGGAGAAGUAUAUUCCGCACGAUACUGUUCCCUAAGAGAUUUAAAAAAUAAACGUGACGUAAUAACUAUACCAACUUCUUCUUGACUGACUUCGUGACGAAAUCAGUGGCGCCAUUUUUUGUGAAACUGUCAACAAAGAUGUUAAUUCUUGAUAUUUAUAAUUCGAACGCAAUGUGACAUUGUUUAUGAAUGGUUUUUAUAAAAGUUUAUAAGUAUAUAUGUGUAAGCUAUUACUUCGUAUAUCUAGGAAUAGAUGGCGCUACUGGGAUUAAAGUACGAUCUUAACGGUCAUUAGAUGAGAAAAAUUAUAUAAUUUCAUAAUAUUUCUUUGAUAUAUCUUGUUUACGAUUGCAUUAAAUUCGUAUAUUGCUAUUGAAAAUAAUGUGUUUAUUUAGGGAGCAGUAUAAUAUUCUCACGUGUUUGGUCUAAGAAUGGUGCUUGGAGUUGAAUUGGUGGUGGUAGGCUAGCUUUAUUUAUUGAAACAAUUUAAUGUAAAUCUCGAAAUAUUUAUUUAUAACCUCAAUUUAUGCUACGUGCAAAGUCUCUUAUAGGUCAAUAUAAAAUAUUGAAAUAAUUUGUUUGCUGAUUAGUAAUUACAAGUAAAGGUAACAUUCAUAUGUCGGCGAAUUGUACUAGAUAAUACUAUGUAAAAGAACAGUAUUACCUUAUGGGCUUAACGUUUAAAUUUAUUCAAAAUGGCGGACAGUCCUGCGUUUUUCAUUAUCUAUGGCACGAAAUUUUAAAUUAUUAUUGAAAAGUUGAAUAUAUCACAGGGACAGUUUAAUUGAAAAUUUAAUUUAAUUUUUUUGAUUGAACGAUUUUUUUUAUUAUUAAUGGACCUAUUUCUUUACUGAAUUAACUUUAAUUAUUAACUUCUAUUAUCUUUAUAAUUAUUGGGUGUAAUUGUAACAGUGUUGUAAAAUUAUUGAUAAUAUUCAAUAGUAAAAUGGUCGGUGAUUUCGAGUCAUAUCCGUAUCGUGUGAAUUUGAUUGAAUAUAACUAGGUACCUAUUUAAUAUAGUAAUGUAACAGUAAUUGGUAUCUAACUUAGGUAUUGUCUCGGCGAUGAUACAUCUAAAAGAUUAAAAAAAAUUAUGAGGUACCUACCUAUAUACCUGAUGUUAAUGUAUUGAGAAAUUCAGAUUGGCUUAAUUUAUUAUACUUGCUCCCGCCUGUGCCUUCGCCCUUUGUAAGUUUUAACUACAAUAUGAGUGGAAUUACACUAUAUAUAUAUUUCAAAGUUUGAAGAUUUUCAAAGACAAUGUUUAUUUACUUGCAAAUACAUGAGUUUAUAUUAUUUACAAUAAACGAUAAAUUUAUACGUUUAAUAGUUCCUGCUUUUUGAUUAUGGAUCGAGUGAUUCAAUAAUAGAUUUAUUAAAAUAAAUUUUUAUUAUAGUUUAUAUAAUUCUAUUCAGAUGUAUUGUCGCUUGAAGCAUACAUGUUAAUAUACCUAUAUAUAAAUGUGUAGGGAUUGGUUCUAUGUAGAUAAAUGUAUUGCAUAUUGUCCUAAAUGUUAAUUUAAAUGUAGUGAUAUUCAAUAGUUAUUGUAUGUGAAAUUAUAUUGAUCUACUAUGUAUAGUGUUUUAUAAAUUGGCUGGCGGUGGCGAUGUUUGGAAUUCAUUUAACAUAAAAAUAAAUUUAUUUGUAUUCUAUCACAAUUCAGUUUAUCUAGUACAGUCGACAGCGCAUCAACCUAAUAAUAUCAUUGCGAAACCAUCCCUAUUAUUUAAUAGAGCUCCAUGAAGGGGGUAACUUGAAGUGCUGUUGACUAUGCGAAAAAAACACAUGAAAAACGACAAAAACUUAUGUUAUGUGCAGAUUUGAUCAUGUACUUAUAUUAGGUUACCUAAGGAGUACCUUAUUUACCAGUCGCGUCGUAACCUCCACCUUUAAAUCAUUAAGUCCUUAUUACAUUCAAUAAGUGUUUAGUUUAGACUUUCGCGUUUUGAAAUCUAAAUAGUGCCACAACCAUCAAUAUUUUGUAUUCUAAACACGACUCUACUAUUUUCACCUCUCUAUUAGUAAGGAAUAUAAAUCCGAAUGAAAUAAAUUUAGGCUGAGUUGCACCAGUCAAUGUUGACAUUGACUAUGACCCACCGCGCCGCUGACGUUCAGACAAAAUGGCGUACUUUGUGUUUUUCUGCGCACGCUAAAGUUAACGUCAAAGUUUAUUAGUGCAACCCUUAAUGUAUCACAAAUUGAACAUUAGUUUAACAUGCCAUAGAAUACUACUAUCAAACAUAAUUAGCGAUACUUUAUACAAGUCAUUUAACCUUGUCAAAUAAGUAUGUUCAGUUUUUCAUAUGGAAGCGCUGGUAGUCUAGUGGUUGGUUCGAACCUGGCGCCUCAAUGAGGCCCCAGGUUUAAAGUAACGGGAGUUGGUAUACCAAUAUGACUCAUAAUAGUAUCAAUCCACCAUUUGUUUCUUAUGAAGUAAAACGUGAAGAAACCUGCGCGCUGGUAGUUUUAAGUACACUUGUAUUCGUAUGCGUCUCCUAGAUUUAAAAAGUCAUGUCAUACGCCUUUAGGCGAAUGGAAUUAAUGGUAAUUCUCAUAUCUUUAGCUGGCAUUAGUGUUGAUGACAUUGUGUAAAGUAUAUACUGCACCAUAUAUAUAAUAGACCGUCAAAUUGAUUUUAAUUAGCUUUGUAUGGACUGGUAUGUAAUAUAGUUUAAACGGUGCAUGUAAAAAUAUUCUGCUUUCUUGUCAGUAUAACAGAAUGAAGGCUAACGUGAUUGAAUUCGCCGCUGGGGGCGUUGCUAUAGUAUAAGGUAAGAGGCAAAUUUGAAUUUGUAUGGUGUGGGCUUGUUCGUGCGUUUUUUAAUGUUAGUGACAGGACUUAACUCCAAAGGCCUUGUGAGCGAAGAGACGAUAGCCCUCAUUACGUAGACAGAUAAAACUAUAGACAUUAUAUCGGUCGUUUCACUCAUACGAGAAAGAGAAACGCGUAUUAGAAAUACAUACGAAUCGGGACAGGGCGCUUCUUCUGUCUUUGCCCCUCAUCGUGUGCCCAGUUUUGCUAGUACCUAUCUUGCCGUGUUGUAUCUCAAUGGCCUAAGCCAGCUCAUUGUCUUUACUUUCGUUACAUAAAAUCAAAUAUGGCGGUCUGUUGAUGUAUAGUUUAUAAAAUCCCGAUCAGUGCAAUUUGAUCUGUAACCCCGAACACAUAGGAACACAAUUAUUGAAUAAACAUAGUCCGAAUAUUACAAAA